AUUUCUCGCGUCCUCCGUACUUGGUUUCGCUUCGCCGGUCCCAGAGGCCCGGAGUGGCUCGACUGCACCCUGUGUGGCGCUGUUCCCUGUGCCGGCCUUGGGAUCCGGAGGGAGGAAGCCGGGAUACCCGGGAGCCAGGAAAUGGACUUGGUGGCGUUUGAGGAUAUAGAUGUGAACUUCACCCAGGAGGAGUGGGCUUUGCUGGAUCCUUCCCAGAAGAAUCUCUACAGAGAUGUUAUGUGGGAAACCAUGAGGAAUCUGGCCUCUAUAGGGAAGAAAUGGAAGGACCAGAACAUUAAAGAUCACUACAAACACCAAGGGAGAAACCUAAGACGUCAUAUGGUAGAAAGGCUCUAUCAAAGUAAAGAUGGAGGAAUUUUUAGCCAGUUUGCAAAUCAUAAUCUGAGCAAGAAAAUUCCUGGAGUGAAACUAUGUGAAAGCAUUGUAUAUGGAGAAGUCAGCAUGGAUCACUCAUCCCUUAAUAGACACAUCAGAGAUCAUAGUGGACGUGAACCAAAGGAAUAUCAGGAAUAUGGAGAGAAGUCAGAUACACGUAAUCAGCGUUGGAAACCCUUCAAUUCUCACCACUCCUUUCGAACACAUGAGAUAAUUCACACUGGAGAGAAACUCUAUGAUUGUAAGGAAUGUGGAAAAACCUUCUUUUCUCUCAAAAGAAUUAGAAGACACAUAAUCACACACAGUGGCUAUACACCAUAUAAAUGUAAGGUGUGUGGGAAAGCUUUUGAUUAUCCCAGUAGAUUUCGAACACAUGAAAGAAGUCACACUGGAGAGAAACCCUAUGAAUGUAAGGAAUGUGGAAAAGCCUUCACUUGUAUCACAAGUGUUCGAAGACAUAUGAUAAAGCACACUGGAGAUGGACCUUAUAAAUGUAAGGUAUGUGGGAAACCCUUUCAUUCUCUGAGUUCAUUUCAAGUACAUGAAAGAAUUCACACUGGAGAGAAACCCUUUAAAUGUAAGCAAUGUGGUAAAGCCUUCAGUUGCUCCCCAACCUUACGAAUUCAUGAAAGAACCCAUACUGGAGAGAAACCUUAUGAAUGUAAGCAGUGUGGGAAGGCCUUCAGCUAUCUCCCCUCCCUUCGACUACAUGAAAGAAUUCACACUGGUGAGAAACCCUUCGUAUGUAAACAAUGUGGUAAAGCCUUUAGAUCUGCCAGUACCUUUCAAAUACAUGAAAGGACUCACACUGGGGAAAAACCUUACGAAUGUAAGGAAUGUGGGGAAGCCUUCAGUUGUAUCCCAAGUAUGCGAAGACACAUGAUAAAGCAUACUGGGGAAGGAGCUUACAAAUGUAAGGUAUGUGGGAAACCCUUUCAUUCUCUGAGUCCAUUUCGAAUACAUGAAAGAACUCACACUGGAGAGAAACCUUAUAUAUGUAAACAUUGUGGUAAAGCUUUCGUUUCUUCCACAUCAAUUCGAAUACAUGAAAGAACUCAUACUGGAGAGAAACCCUAUGAGUGUAAGCAAUGUGGGAAAGCCUUCAGUUAUCUCAACUCCUUUCGAACACAUGAAAUGAUUCACACUGGUGAGAAACCCUAUGAAUGUAAGCGAUGUGGUAAAGCCUUUAGAUCUUCUAGUUCCUUUCGACUACAUGAAAGGACUCACACUGGACAGAAACCCUAUCAUUGUAAGGAAUGUGGGAAAGCCUAUUCUUGCCGUGCAAGCUUUCAGAGACACAUGUUAACACAUGCUGAAGAUGGACCACCUUAUAAAUCCAUGUGGGAAAGCCUUUAAUGUUCUAGACUCAUGUCGGAUACAUUAAAGUACUCACACUGAAGAGAAGCCCUGUGAAUGUAAAUGAUGUGGCAAAGCAUGAAAUGCUGUUGGUGCCUUUUUUAAUACAUGAAAGAAAUAAUUCUGGAGAGAAGCCAUAUAAAUGUAAGUAACAUGGGAAAGCCUUCAGUCAUUUUAGUUCCUUUCAAAUACAUGAAAGAACUCAUCAUGGAGAAAAACCGAACAAAUCCUUUUUUGAAAGGAACCCAUAUUUGAGAGAAAUCCUGUGUAAAGAGUGUGGGAAAGGUUUUGUUGUCACACAAUCCUGUGACACAUAUGAAUGCAUAGUGGAGAGAACCCUGGUACAUGUAAAGAGUGUGAGAGAGCCUUUAGUCAUUUCACUUCCAUUUGAAGCCAGUAAAGAACACAUAGAAGAGAGAAAGCUCUUGAAUAUAAGCAGUGUUCAAACGUUUUUAGUCAGCCCACAUGUUUUCAGCAACAUGUAAGAAUGUACCCUGGAUCGAAAUACUAUAAAUGUGAAAACCACAAGGAAGGUUUUCCUUUAUAAUACACUUGUAAAGUCAUUUGAGGGCUCUGUGGCUUUGUGGGUUAAAGUACUUGUCUAGCAAACAGGAAAUGCUGGGUGUCAUUUCCCAGCAGGGCCUCACUGGUUGAGGUAUUGAAUUUGAAUAGACUUCAACUCUGGCUGGGUGUGGUGGUUUACACCUGUAAUCCCAGCACUUUGGGAGGCUGAGGCAGGAGGAUUACUUGAGGUCAGGAAUUUGAGACCAGUGUGCACAACAUAGCAAGACCUCAUCUCAAAAAAAAAAAAAAAAAAAAAAAGUCAUUUGAAAACUUCUAAUGUAGCAAAAUCCUAUAAAUGUAAAUACUUCAAAAAGCCUCAUGCAUAGCAGGUCAUGUAGUCUCCAGAAAAUAUAUAACCUGAUGGAAAUGUAGACGUUAUAUGUAUAUUUUGUUAGUGGCUCAUAUUUAAAAUAAUUCCCUGGACUAUGGUUUCAAAUGCUUAAUCUCACAAAGAAAUGUUAAAUUGAUAAAAUCCCGUAAGUAAUUUUAAAGCAAUAGUGCAUGAAUUUCAUAGGUAGCAUUGUUUUAGGUCAGUAAAUAAAAUAUUUGUCUUUCCAUUUUGAACUGUGUUUAAUCCAAUGAAGAUUUAAAUGUGUUUCUCAUAUUUGGGUAUGUUAAAUUGUAUAUGGUUGCUUAAUUGUUCUGUGAUUGAGGACCAUUGAAAAAUAAGUCUUGAUAAAUGUUGGUAAGAACCUA